AUGGGGCGCCCGGAGGACAUCCGAGGCUCCGCCCCUGCGCCGUCGGCGAUGCCGUGCUCGCGGUGGCCCGCGCCCUGCAGCGGCAUGCCGUGCUGGCGCCGGCAGGCGGUUCGCCUGCUCCAGCCGCGCGCUCUCCGCAGAGGGCGCCCGCACGCCACCUCGGCGCUGUACCCAGCCAGGGCGCCUGGGCCCCAGGGCUGGGGCAGAGGCCGUAAGGCCUCCCCGGGCCUCGGCCCAGGAGGGACUGCGCACCAUGCCUCCACACUGGAGACCUCCGCCGAACUCCAGGGACUGCCGCAUCUCUCCUCACUCUCAGGCGCGCGCGCGCAAUGA